UGUUAGGUUUUCAUCAGCAAUAUCAAGAUGCCGCCAGGGGGAUUUUUGAGUGGGGACAUAUGGACCCAAGGAGGACAACUGGGGGACAUAAUGCUAGACUGUCUGAUGCCAACUGGGGUUCUUGUCCAGCUGAAGUGCGCUAGAGAUGCGACAAUCACACAGAUAAAAAGGGAGCUGUGGCAGGAGGCUAGCAAAUUCCCGCUGUUUAAUAAAUUGCACGAUCUCAACUUCUACGUAUUCCAGUGCAUCAAUCAGAACGCAGAACGAGAGGAGCUUUUGGAUGAGAAACGCCGAAUCUGUGAUGUUAUGCCAUUCUGUCCAAUGCUGCAAGUUGUUCGAAAAGCUGGUGAUUUGGAGGAGAAACUCCUAAAUUCAAAGAUUGGAAUGCUGAUUGGAAAAGCUUUGUAUGAGUUUGAUGCCAUGAAAAAUCCAGAAGUAAAUGACUUCCGUACGAAAAUGAAACAGAUGGUUUUGAACAUUCAAAAGAAACGUAACAACUGGGAUUGGAUGAAAAAAGCUCAAUACCUCUACCCACCACAGCUUGAAGUUUCCAUGGAAAUUCCAGAACACCUUCGGGAUCAUUUUCCAAAUGACGAGUGCAUCGUUAAUGUGAAAUAUUCUAAUGAAGUGGCAAAGGAUGCCAAUCAUACACACUUGCGAGUUGGUGCCUUUGAGUGGCCCAUAAAGCUGGUUGAACAGGCCCUGAAACGACCAAUAAGAGUAGACUUAGAUCCAGAGGACUGCCUCCUGAAGGUCAUAGGUUAUGAUGAAUUUAUCAUGGGAGAAUAUCCUAUCAGUCAGUUUAAGACAAUAAGGAGAGCCAGAAGUAAAGGAGUUCCACCUCAACUGAUCCUCAUUAAAAAGUCUGAGUUGAAGGUUGAGGAAUUGUUUGACCAACCCAUGAUAAAGGGGCUCUCAAAAUGUGAGGUUAAGGCACCGCCUAUUCCAAAGAAAAUCCGUACUUUGAGCUGGGAUGUAGAAGCUCCAGUUAAGAUUACCAUAGAGAAAGCAGUAAAUGUUAAUGUUGCUGAAAAAGUCCAGGUUCGAGUGAAAGCAGGAAUAUUCCAUGGAGAUGAUUUAUUGUGCAAUUAUGAAACCACUGAGGAUAGCAGGCCAGGAAAGUUCUCCUCUGAUUGGGAACACACAAUGCAAUUUGACAUUCGUGUGUGUGACCUUCCAAGAAUGGCGAGGCUGUGUAUCCUGUUGUAUACACCGUGGGAUCGGAGGUUAGGAAAGAGUGCAAAGAAAAAGAAACAAAAUGAGAGAAGAGAGAUAAUACCAGUGGCAUGGGCCAACUCAACAUUCUUUGACUACAAUUCACAAUUGAAAAUGGACUCGGUACGUUUGCGCAUGUGGCCGGCUUCAGAAGAUGUCGAUUUGAACCCUCUGGGCACCAUCGAGAGCAACCCAAGUGUAGAUGCAACCUCAUUGACUAUCACAUUCUACCGUUACCAGGAACAACCCAUAUCGUACCCACCGUUUGAAAAGGUCCUGGAAUAUGCAGCUAACAUAGCGAAGGAGGAACAGCAUUUACAUCCUGAACAAAUAACGGACCAACAACUUGAAGAGUUGAAGCAGGUGGUGGAGCGUGAUCCACUGGAGCCGCUUACAGAGCAGGAGUGUAGACAGGUGUGGAUGAGUCGUCAGGACUGUCGAGACCACAUUCCGCACUCUUUGCCACGCUUAAUCAAAUGCGUACGCUGGAACUCAAGGAGUGAUGUAGCGCAGAUGCAAGCUUUGCUUCAGAUUUGGCCGCGGUUAGAGCCAGAGGAAGCCCUUCUACUUCUUGAUUACAAUUUCGCAGACAUGAUGGUGCGUAAUUUUGCUGUUGAGUGCCUCAACAGACUAACGGAUGAUCAGUUGUCACAGUACCUCCUCCAAGUAGUUCAAGCCAUCAAGUACGAGUCUCAUUUAGACUGUGAACUGUGCCGCUUCUUGCUUAAGAGGGCGCUAGCAAACCAGAGGAUUGGUCACUUUUUGUUCUGGCACUUAAGGGCUGAGAUGCAUCAUUUGAAUGUGUCUACAAGAUUUGGCUUGAUGUUGGAGGCCUACUGCUGGGGUAGUGUUGCUCAUAUGGACAGCUUGCAUAGACAGGUUGAGAGUCUAAAUAAACUGAAGUCUGUGAAUGAGCUUGUUAAGAGUCGGCAAUUUGCGAGAAAUCCAGAAGAAGCCUUACAAAUGAUGAAAACUGUACUCAAGCAGGAUUCUUACAUGGAAGUACUCUCCUCAUUUAGUUCUCCUAUACAGCCUGAGUUCAAACUCAAGUGCUUGAAAUUGGAUGACUGUAAAUUCAUGACCUCUAAGAUGCGCCCUCUAUGGUUGGUAUUUGAGAAUGAGGAUGCCCAUGGUAAUGACAUUAUGCUCAUGUUCAAGAAUGGUGAUGAUCUGAGACAGGAUAUGUUGACACUGCAGGUGAUACAGAUCAUGGACAAUUUGUGGCAGGCAGAGGGGCUUGACCUCAAAGUCAUUCCAUACAAAACCCUAUCAACAGGCCACAAAGUUGGAGUAAUUGAGAUAGUUCAGCAAGCCUCCACAAUAGCCCAGGUGCAGAAAAUGUAUGCCCGAAGGAUAGGAGCUACGUUCCGCAAAGCAUCACUUUACCAGUGGCUUAAGGAUCAGAACUCCGUGCCGAAUAAUUUUGAAGAAGCUAUUGUCAACUUCACUUCCUCGUGUGCAGGAUACUGUGUGGCGACCUACGUGCUUGGCAUCGGUGACCGUCACAAUGAUAAUAUCAUGGUGAAACAAAAUGGGCAGCUAUUUCACGUAGAUUUUGGACAUUUCCUUGGAAAAUUUAAGUGCAAAUUUGGGGUAAAGCGAGAACGUGUGCCAUUUGUCCUUGCUACUGAUUUCGUUUAUGUGAUCACUCGUGGAAAACAAUACAGUAGGAAUGAUGAGUUUGGAAAGUUCAGGAAAUGUUGUGAGGAUGCUUAUCUCGUCCUACGCCGUCAAGGGAAAUUACUAAUUAGUUUGUUCGCAAUGAUGUUGUCCAGUGGUAUCCCGGAGCUGACAGCCGAGACCCUCACAUACCUUCGUGACACGCUUCUACUGGAUAAGUCCGAGGAAGAAGCACUUAGGCACUUCAAAAUGAAAUUUGACGAGUCAUUGAAAAACUCCUGGAAAACAAGUGUAAAUUGGUGGGCUCAUGUCAUGGCUCAUUAGCAACUCAUGAAUAUUCAGUAAAUGAAAUUAAUAUUCCAACUUAAUAUUUAUAUAUCCAAUCAUGUGUAGAACUCUUGUGCCAAACAAUAAAUACUUCAAUAAAU